UCCCAGACAACUAUCAGAUACUCUCGACGGCAACUUUUUUUCGGCCUCGGAUUGCUCUAGCAGCCAUUCAUCAAACAAAUCCUACGGACCGCUGUCUGGUUUUACUAGCGUUGCUUACUGUCUUCGAUUGCUAUUACUGACAAAGCGCUGCGCCUCUAUUAUCUUGCCACGACAUCGAUCAACGAUUCCGACAUUGUGCAGAUUUGUCUUACCUUUCCAGCAGCUGACCAUGACCUUGUGAUAGGCAGCGAUAGUUUGGAGGCCACAUUAUUUGGUACUGUUGUCACUCACUCAUUUAGAGUCGUCGUCUUGGGGUUGAAGAGAUUUAUCUUUCACCAUGUCGUUACCUAAACCACCGGUGUCAUUGACGGGCGCUUGCAGCGUCCUCUUCAACAACACCCUCUAUUCUUACUCGGGUGCGGGAUUCGAAUCGUUAGCUUUGAAAGACGGUGCCGAAUGGAAAAAACUACCUGGUGGUCAGGCAGUUGAAGGUGCCGUCUGCGUCGGCUCGACACCGAAGGAUUCCUCGACGGCUGGCUUUUAUGUCGUGGGUGGACAAUCAAGUUCAACUGAUUAUCCAGGCCUUCAAAAAUAUACAUAUUUUACCGGAAAAUGGGAGACUAUAACUCCGCAAGUGCCGGUAACGCAAAAUCGAACAUGGCAUAGCGCAACGUAUCUCAACAGCAGCGAUUCGAUUUUGAUAUAUUCCGGAUCAACCGAUGGACAGCCCAAUCUGUCGUCGCAGACCUUUACGGUCGCAGCAUCCGAACCUCAUUCGGUAUUGGCUUUUCAGUCCACUCUUUCGCCUCCAGGAGUUGCACCGAUUCUUCUCCCGUGGUCGGAAACACAGGCGGUACUGAUCGGCGGUAACCCUACUAACACGAAAGUGAUGCUGUUUGACCCGGCUGCUUCUUGGGCGGAUUCAGGAAUAACGCUGGCUGAACCGUUACCGAAAAACUCCACAUCAAUUAAGGCUGCUAUCAUACCCGGCGAUGAUGGCAGUAAACACCUCUACACAUUCGACCUCACUGUCUCGCCUAAUGCUGUCAAUAGGACAAUGCUACUAAAUGCGGGUGCGGCUCCCGUAGCGAACGCAGCUCCUGUUACGACAACUGGUUCAACUCGAAGAGAUAAUGAUGAUAUCGAAAGACGAGCGCUCACCGUCGCGGACUGGCCGGCAUACAAUUCCACGCUGGCACCGCAGAAAACGAGAACUGAAUACUCGAUAGCUACUAAUUCGGACGGCUUGGUGGUAAUGUCUGGUGGCAACGAAGACGAGAUAUUGUGCAUGUUUAAUGCGAGAGAGAAUGGUUGGAAGAACGCGACAGCCGUAUUUGGACAGCAGAAGGGGGUCUUUUCUAUCGAGUCAUCGUCAUCAACAUCAUCUUCAGUAUCAAGCGCCACUCCUACGUCCACAGCUAGCUCAUCUGAUAUCCCUACUCCCGCCAUUACUGCGGCGGCUGCCGCCCCUACCACUUCGGAUAGUGGCAGCGGUACACUAGCUCCAACGACCCUUCUAGGCGUAGUGUUGGGUACUAUCUUCGGCUUUGCCAUUAUCCUGAUGGCCUUAUUAUUCUGGAUUAAGCACCUCCGAAGAAGGCAGAAUUUCGUGGAAGCGGGUCAUGCACGGAGAGCUAGCGGAAUACCGGAUGAGAAGGAUUUCUUCAGCCCAGAACUGGGUAAGGCCUCAGGCGGCCAGUUCCGAGGACAUGCUCCGCAGGACUCGGCUGGAUCUUUCUCAUCAAUGGCCAUCUUGAUGGGCAAGGUCCAAAAGCCUGCCAUCCAGCGCAAGACGAGUAACGACACGAAACGCAGCUCUCUCAGCAGCAUCUUCAGCAAACAGCAAUUGAAGAGCACCAUAAGCCGGCCACAGCCCCAGGUGACUCCGGAACCUCAAUUCAUCGUCAGCGAUGAGAAGGGAGUCUCUUUCGCGGCGACUACGAACGAUCCUAAGCCUCGUCCCAGACCUGCAGUUAAUCGAGACGGGGAAAGGAGAAGUUCUGGCUGGAAUAGAUAUUGGUCUGGUGGUAGCGCGUUAUCUGUUCUAGGAUUCGGAAACAGCAAUUCACGCCGUGAGACAGGCGCCUCCGAGCCGAGUUCGGUAUACUCCGAUAGAAAUCGUAUGACGCAAGACUCGGCUACAGUCCCUCCAUUACAAGUCGUUGAAGGGCGAGCAGAACUAAAUCGCGUCCACUCAGCCAGUCCAACGGUUGCACAAUAUAACCCGAUGAUAGGAGAGGGGAUGUCUGGCCAAAUAGAACGGUCCAAUUCCAACGCGUCGUCCUCAGGUUAUUCGAGCGGUAUCCCGGCCAGUGUUACCGAAAGUUGGGAUCCAACGAUGGCGAAGAAGAAAAUGGGAACGGAGCGAGCACCCAGCAGUAAUUAUAGCCAGAGCAUCUACCAGACAGGACUUGGCCCGCCUAACACAAACCAAGCUCCGAGUGGCCUGUCAUCGCAACCGCAGUUGGCUAUGGCAUCCAAGUCAAACGACUUGAGUUGGUUGAACUUGGGAGACAAUAAUCAUACGUACAAAUAAGUGUCUCCGGCAUUCUCAGCUUACCGUUCUCUUUCGUCCUAUUCGACACAUUAAUGAUUCCGUUACGAUAAUACCAUUUUAUGACUCUCGCUUAUACCCAAUUCUCAUCAACGG